UUCAAGGAAGCUACCUUGAUAUCACUGGUAUGUAAGAACUCUGAGUGGGACCUGCUGAGAGGCAGGAAGUGACCUCAACUGCCUUCCCCAGCCUGGUGUCAAGAUGCUGAGCCUGAAGCUCCCCAGGCUGUUCCGAAUAGACCAGGUGCCCCAGGUGUUCCAUGAGCAAGGCAUCCUCUUUGGCUACCGACACCCACAGAGUUCCGCCACUGCCUGCAUCCUCAGCCUCUUCCAAAUGACCAAUGAGACCCUCAACAUCUGGACGCACUUGCUACCCUUCUGGUUCUUUGUGUGGAGGUUCAUGACUGCCCUGUAUAUGACAGACAUCCAGAAUGACAGCUACUCGUGGCCUAUGCUCGUGUACAUGUGGACCAGCUGCGUGUACCCCUUCGCAUCCAGCUGCGCACACACAUUCAGCUCUAUGUCCAAGAACGCCCGGCAUAUCUGCUAUUUUCUGGACUAUGGUGCCGUCAAUCUCUUCAGCCUGGGCUCAGCCAUCGCCUAUUCCGCAUACACGUUCCCUGACGCACUGGUCUGCAGUACCUUCCAUGAGUGCUACGUAGCCCUGGCUGUGCUGAACACCAUUGUCAGCACUGGCCUCUCCUGCUACUCCAGGUUUCUUGAACUUCAGAAGCCCCGGCUCUGCAAGCUGCUCCGGGUCCUGGCCUUUGCCUACCCCUACGCUUGGGACUCACUCCCCAUCUUCUACAGGCUCUUCCUGUUCCCAGGGGAGAGUUCAAGAAAUGAAGCCAUGUUGUACCACCAGAAGCACAUGGUCAUGACGCUCCUGGCCUCUUUCUUGUACUCUGCUCACCUGCCAGAGCGACUGGCUCCAGGACGCUUUGACUACAUCGGCCACAGUCACCAGCUGUUUCACGUGUGUGUCAUCCUGGCCACACACUUGCAGAUGGAAGCCAUCCUUCUGGACAAGACCCUGAGGAAGGAGUGGCUGUUGGCCACCUCCAGACCCUUCUCUUUGCCUCAGAUAGCAGCAGCCUUGCUUCUGUGCAUCAUCUUCAGCCUCAGUAACAUUAUUUAUUUCUCAGCUGCCCUGUACCGGAUCCCUGAGUCUGAAUUACAUGAAAAGGAAACGUGAUUUCGGGAUGUGCCAAGCUUCGGCGUUAAGCAGUUGGUGUGGUGCUGGCUUACAGUGGCCAAAAGCAUUCGUAGCAAGUGAUGACAUGUUUUAAUGGGUUCAUAUCAAAAAAGGAUUUAACUGGGCAGAGCUUUCUACGCAUGCACGGAUUCUGUAUGUGUUCUGUAACAGGAAGCAUGUGGGCCUAAGUCCUGGAUAAGGAUAACUAUUAAGUUUUAAAUUUAUUUAAAACGGGGUGUUUAGGGACUGGGGGUGUAGCUCAGUUGGUAAAUACUUGUCUAGAAUAUACACAGCCCUGUUUUUGUUUCUUUAUUUUGGGCUGUUUGUUUGUUUGAGACAGAGUCUCACUAUGUAGCUAAGAUGUCCUAAAAUUUACUAUGUAGAUCAGGCUGGCUUUGAACUCACAGAGAGAGAUCUGCCUGCCUCUGACUCCUGAGUGCUGGGAUUAAAGGCAUGUGCCACCACACUGAAGCCCUGGUUUAGAUCCUCAGCACAGCAGAACUUGGUCCUGUGGCUCAGGCCUAUGAUUCAACAGGGAAGCAGAGUCAGAGGAUCAGAAGUUUAAACCCAUCCUUGCAUACAUGAGAUUGCAUCUCUAAAAAUAUAGUUCCCGAUCCUGUUUCUACAGUCAUAUUAAGCACACUGCCCCGCCUCUCUAGUUUUUUAUUGAUGUUUAAAAACAUUAGAAGCUAUGUUUGAUGAAUUUUGUAUAGCUAAGCUUUUCCCCCAGAUGAGUGAGAUGGUUCAAUGAGUUAAGAAGCUUGCUGCCAAGUCUGACAACAGGAGUUUGAGCCCCAGGACCUGCUGCAAAGUAUUCCACAGUACAGAUAAGACGCGAUGGCCUCUGGAGCUAAGUGAUGUCAUCCUGACCGUUAGGGCUCCCUGUCUCCUUUUCAAGCAAUGGAAGGAGCCGUCUUUGGAGAUAUCACAUGCCUGACACUGUGUUGGCAUGCCAGUAUGCUGCCAGACUUGGUAUUUAUGCAGAGGGUGUUGACCUCACCAGUCGGACAGUCAAAUGUCCUGUCUUCAACCUUUCCUGUGAAGUAGAAACACAGGUAAGCUUGUGACAUGCAUUUCCUGGGGUAAACUAGGGGUUCUGCUUUCCUACAUUAAAUGUGGGUUUCUGUAGAAGAAAUGUAGACAGGAACACGUCCACAAAAUUCCAGCACAGGAGAGCAGGGGCAGAUGCUGAAGACAUUCGUGGCAUCUUUCAUUUACAACUUAAUCAAAGUUCCAGCAACUUGCCAUCUACAUGUGUGUCCCUGUUUUCUCUCCAGAGUCUUCUACUAUUGAUAUUUUUUAAUUGGUUAAAUGAAAAUGAAGUCUCAUGGGUUAAACCCUAGACUGAAAAGUAUGUAAAGCCAGGAGACUUGAAGGAGAGACUCUGGACGUGUAUGCUGAUUUUACAACACCAGCGUCUUAUGUGCAGAUGAAAUGUGGUCAGCCAGCCUCUCGACUGCUGGGCCAGCCUCAGGAUUUGUGCCUUCCCUACCAUGAUGGAUGCCAAUAUGCCUUCUUAACGAUAAGCCCAGCUAAACCCCUUCUUAAAAAAUAAACAACAAAAAUCACAAAAUAAAACUGUAAGAACAACAAAAACCCCAAAGCCAACUCUGCUAAGGGCCAUAGCCUUGUGCCACAGUCCCUUCAGCCUUACACGGAAAACACUGGUGCAGGGGCAUCUCAUCAUAGCUGCCUGUCCAUCCUUGGACCAACGUUUGGUUAUUGAUGCUUAUAACCAAACACUGCUGUGUGCUUAUACAACAUAGCAUCUUCCUCAUUGUGCCUUAAAAAUAGCAUCCUAUAGGGGUAGAGAUGGCAAGACGUGCAGGCAUCAAGGUGAGUUCAGCCCACACAUACACCAUGGAAACCUAAGAGUGCCUGUGUGUACCUGUAACUCAGCUCUGGGAACAAAGAUAGGCAGGAGCUGGGAGCUCACUGGCCAGGUAUCCAAACAGAGCAGUGUAGUGAGAGGUCCUGUCUCAGCAAGGUGGGGGAGCAAUGGAGGCAGACAUUCCGACACCAGCCUCUGGUCCCAUGUGCAUCAGCUCGAGUGUGUCCAGGCACUCACCCUUGCCUGGUCUCUGUAUGUACACUUCAUCAGCCGUUACAGUGCUGUUCUGGAUUAGUUUGUUGUCUUUGGAGAAACUCUGUUAAGUUCAUGAUACCAAACAUGGCAAUCCUUUGUUUGUUGCAUCUGUAAUUAAAGUUUAGCAUUUUAUAGUGUU